GUCUCCUCAACCUCACCCGCGUCGUCCCUCUCUCCCCUCUUCCUCCGCACCGGACGCAUCACUUGCGCAGCGACCCCACCGCGACCAUGGCCGACUACGACAACUACAACAUGGACGACGAGGAGCUGUACGAGGAGGAGGAAGACGCCAUCACCUCGGAGGACUGCUGGGCCGUCAUUUCGUCCUUCUUUGACACAAAGGGCCUGGUGUCGCAGCAGCUGGACUCAUACGAUGAGUUCACGCGCAACACAAUACAGGACAUUGUGACGGAGAACGGCAAUGUCAUCCUCGAGCAGAACACGCCCUACAACCCGGACGAGGACGACAACCCCAUCAUCAAGCGGCGCUACAUCAUCACCUUCGGGCGCGUGUUUUUGGCACGGCCAACGCACACCGAAGGCGACGGCUCGACGAACCAGCUGUACCCGCACGAAGCGCGCCUCCGCAACCUCACCUACUCGGGCGCCAUGAUGGCGAACAUCGACAACAAGAUCAUGGUGGCCCGCGAGGCGACGGCGAUGGCGACCGAGGGUGACGAGGAUAUCGAGGCGAUUGGCACGACGCAGAUCAAGUGGGAGCGCGAGGACGAGCCAGACGCGGAUUCGGCGAGGGUGUUCAUUGGGAAGCUGCCGGUCAUGCUUCGCUCUGAGCUUUGCCACCUCCGCAACCAGACAGACGAGGCGCUUUUCGGGCUAAACGAGUGCCCGUACGACCAGGGCGGCUACUUUGUCAUCAACGGCAGCGAAAAGGUGCUCAUUGCGCAGGAGCGAAGCGCGGCGAACAUUGUCCAGGUCUUCCGCAAGAAGCAGGGCCCCGUGCCCUGGACUGCCGAGAUCCGCAGCGCCGUCGAGAAGGGCACCCGCCUCAUCUCCUCCUUCAACAUCAAGUGGAUAGAGAAUUCGCAGCUGAAUAAGCGCACGCCCGGCCCCUUCGCAUACGCCACGCUUCCCUACAUCAAGGCCGACGUCCCCGCCGGCAUCGUCUUCCGCGCCUUAGGUGUCGUGUCCGAUGAGGACAUAUUGAAUCAUAUAGUAUAUGAUCACAAAGACACGGCCAUGCUCGAGCUGCUGAAGCCGAGCAUAGAGGAAGCCUCUGGAAUCCAGGACCGUGAGAACGCCUUGGAUUUCAUAGGGAGGAGAGGGACGAGCCAGGCUGCAACAAAGGACAAGCGUCUCAAGUUCGCGAGGGAUGUGAUGCAGCGCGAGUUCCUACCGCACAUAUCUCAGAAGGAAGGUCAGGACACCCGGAAGGCCUUCUUUUUCGGAUAUAUGCUGCACCGUCUGCUUCAGUGCGUCCUGGGCCGCCGCGAGGAGGAUGACCGAGAUCACUUUGGUAAGAAGCGCCUUGAUCUCGCGGGGCCGCUGAUUGCCAAUCUGUUCCGAAUUCUGUUCCUGAAGCUCACCAAGGACGUGUACAAGUACCUGCAGAGGUGCGUCGAGAACAACCAGGACUUCAAUGUUCAGAUGGCGGUCAAGGCCAGCAUAAUCACCAACGGCCUAAAGUACUCUCUCGCCACCGGCAACUGGGGCGACCAGAAGAAGGCUGCCUCUGCGAAAGCAGGCGUCUCCCAGGUGUUGAACCGGUACACCUACGCAUCCACUCUGUCCCAUCUCCGGCGAACGAACACCCCCGUCGGCCGUGACGGAAAGCUGGCCAAGCCACGGCAGCUCCACAACAGCCACUGGGGCCUGGUUUGCCCUGCCGAGACUCCAGAAGGGCAGGCGUGCGGUCUAGUCAAGAACCUGUCCUUGAUGUGUUAUGUAAGUGUCGGCAGCGAGAGUACGCCUAUUAUCGACUUCAUGACCCAGCGAAACAUGGAACUUCUCGAGGAGUACGACCCGGUCAUCAAUCCGACUGCCACCAAGGUCUUCGUCAACGGUGUCUGGGUAGGGACACAUAUGAACCCGCAACAGCUUGUGACGGUUGUGCAAGAGCUCCGACGAAACGGGACGCUCUCGUACGAGAUGAGCCUUAUUCGGGAUAUUCGCGACCGAGAGUUCAAAAUCUUCACCGAUGCUGGACGCGUCAUGAGGCCGCUUUUCGUGGUGGAAAAUGACGUUCGGAAGCCUAACCGUGGCCACCUUGUGUACGACCGAACUCAUCUACAGAAGCUUCUCAAUGACUCUACUGUGGACACAUCUGGAUACAACGACGAAGAUACAAUGGAGAUGAAGUAUGGAUGGAGGGGGCUUAUUCACGACGGUGUCGUCGAAUACCUUGAUGCCGAGGAAGAAGAGACCGCCAUGAUAGUCAUGUCGCCUGAAGAGCUAGAUGAAUGGCGCGACCUUAAACAAGGUGUCCAGCCCGCCCCGGAUGCAGACAAGAAGAACCGUCUGGGCCGCAUCAGGCCGAAACCGAACCCUACGGUUGCCAUCUACACGCACUGCGAAAUCCACCCGGCCAUGAUUUUGGGUAUUUGUGCCAGUAUCAUUCCAUUCCCUGACCACAACCAGUCUCCUCGUAACACCUACCAGUCCGCUAUGGGCAAACAAGCUAUGGGCGUGGCUCUCACCAACUAUGCGCUACGCAUGGAAACCAUGAUGAAUGUCCUUUAUUAUCCGCAGAAGCCGUUGGCUACAACGCGGUCCAUGGAGUACCUGAGAUUCCGUGAACUGCCCGCUGGUCAGAACGCCAUCGUGGCCAUUGCUUGUUACUCUGGGUACAACCAGGAAGAUUCCGUCAUCAUGAAUCAGAGUAGUAUCGAUCGUGGUCUCUUCAGGAGUCUUUUCUACCGUGCGUACACGGAGCAGGAGAAGCGCAUUGGUGUCAACGUCUUGGAGCAGUUCGAGAAGCCAACGCGUGCCGACACUAUGAGGCUGAAGGCGGGGACAUAUGACAAACUCGAUGACGAUGGUGUGGUUGCGCCCGGUGUCCGUGUUUCUGGUGACGAUAUCAUCAUUGGAAAGACGGCGCCUAUACCGGGAGAUGCCAAGGAGCUGGGUCAGAAGACGGCUUUGCACACGAAGCGCGAUGUGUCCACACCGCUUAGGAGCACGGAGAAUGGUAUCGUCGAUCAAGUCCUCUUCACUACCAACACUGAAGGUCUGCGCUUCGUCAAGGUGCGCACGCGAACCACAAAGGUGCCGCAGAUUGGCGACAAGUUUGCCUCUCGUCACGGUCAGAAAGGUACGAUUGGUAUUACCUAUCGCCAGGAAGACAUGCCCUUCACUCGGGAUGGCCUCACCCCUGACCUGAUUAUCAACCCGCACGCCAUUCCGUCACGGAUGACCAUUGCCCACUUGGUCGAGUGCUUGCUCUCUAAGGUUGGCGCCAUCAACGCCUCCGAAGGCGACGCAACGCCUUUCACAGACGUCACCGUCGACCAAAUCUCCGAACUCCUGGAGAAGGCCAAGUUUCAGAAGCGCGGCUUCGAGAUCAUGUACAAUGGGCAUACGGGCAAGAAACUGCGCGCACAGGUUUACCUCGGCCCGACGUACUACCAGCGCCUGAGGCACAUGGUCGACGACAAGAUCCAUGCGCGUGCGCGCGGUCCGCUGCAGAUCCUUACCCGCCAGCCUGUGGAAGGUCGCGCUCGAGACGGUGGACUGCGUUUCGGAGAGAUGGAGCGCGAUUGUAUGAUUGCGCAUGGUGCGGCCGCGUUCUUGAAAGAACGUCUCUUUGAGGUGUCUGAUGCGUAUCGGGUGCAUGUGUGCGAUAUCUGCGGCUUGAUGAGCCCGAUUGCGCAAAUCAAGAAAGGCCAGUACGAGUGCCGCCCGUGCCAUAACAAGACGCGCAUCUCGCAGAUUCAGAUCCCUUACGCGGCGAAGCUGCUCUUCCAGGAGCUCAUGGCUAUGAACAUCGCGACGCGCAUGUUCACCAACCGGUCUGGUCUCAGCGUGCGCGACUAAACAGCAUCCGCGCUGUCACCUCCUACGACCUCGUUCUCUAUUCCAUCUAUCUCCGAUUGUGCUUUCUCAACUUUCAGUCGCCGUUUGACGGGUGGCUUCUCACUAACACCAAAAACAGGCCCUCGGAUUAUGUCCUUUCUGCAUUGCGCCGGCGUUUACGUGAAGGAGGGAUGGCUGGUUUCUUCAGAAUGGCUCAUACUGUACACUUCCAAGGCUUCCUCUGGGUAUUGCUUGCUCGCUCCCGGGCUGGUCAAGGGGCGGCGUUAGAUAUUUCACGGUUACCGACAUAUGCGCCGCAGCCCUUGCUGCCUUGUACAGAUAGACAAGAAGAAUCGGAAUUGCUUACGCCGUAUCGAAGA